CACGACUCAUCCAUCAUCUUUUGAAACCAAAAAAAAAAGUUGGUUAUGAUUCGUUUCGUGUUGGCGGUCCAACCGUGUAGUAGUAGUAGUCAAAGGUCAACGUCAUCGCCGGGAAGAGGGUUCGGAGAAGGCACGGUAGUUUGAAGAAUCUUCUUCCCUCGCAUUCAAACUACUGCUUCCAUUGCUCUAUGAUCAUACUUAGUUAGUUAGGGUUCACAGUUUCUCUUUACUUCCAUGGAUUUCCAAAAUCGCAGGUUUCAGGUGCUUCUCGCCGUCGCUGCCAUCGUAGUUCUCAGCAUCACAGCUGAAAAAUGCCGGCAGCUUGUUGGUGAGGAGGGGUCAUCGCAGAGUGGAAAGUUCACGAUCUUAAACUGUUUUGAUAUGGGCUCUGGAACUGUAGCAUGUGGUGUAAAGGAAGGUGUGAAGCUUUACUUUUACAAUAUUAGAUCUGCCCAUGUUGAGAGAGCGCGGCAUCGCGCAAUUGAGUCUGCCCUUGUUGAUGCUGUUAGUCAGGGGAUGUCGCCAAAAGAUUCUGCAACAUAUGUGCAAAAAGAAAGUAAAAAGGCGGCGAAAUUGGCUUCCCGUCAAGCUAAGCGGAUUAUAGGACCCAUCAUCUCUUCUGGAUGGGACUUUUUUGAAGCUAUUUACUAUGGUGGUACUGUAACUGAAGGGUUUCUUAGGGGCACCGGGACUUUGUUUGGAGCAUAUGGUGGAGGAUUCCUUGGGGAGCAAAAACUUGGUAGAUUUGGCUACCUUGUUGGAAGUCACCUGGGCAGUUGGGUUGGUGGUAGAAUAGGAUUAAUGGUUUAUGAUGUGUUUAAUGGAGUCAAUUUGCUGUUGCAAUUUGUUCAGACAGGUGAAAUUGAAGUUCAUAAAGCGUCAGCUAAUGAAAAUUCUGAGGCACCUGAAGGUUAUUUUUUUGGUGAAAUUCCUGUAUAUGACAGCUCCGAAGGUUCCAAUAUUUAUGAAUCAUCUCCCAGCGAAGAAUCCAAUAUUUAUGAAUCAUCUCCCAGCGAAGAAUCCAAUGCUUAUGAAUCUACCGAACAUCAGAGCUUUGAAACAUAUGGAGAUUCUGAACUGUGAUGAAGUUUUGGAGUGGAUGAUAUUUGCUCAGAUUUUAGGUGGAUGAUAUGUGUUUUUCUUCAAUGUCUUUGCUUCAACAUAGUGUGUAUAAAUUACACUAUUUUAACACGUUAUGCACAUUUUACUGUACAUGUUUUAUCUUCCAAAUGCUUUACAUACUGUUUUUCCUUUA